AUGGCUGACCACAAGGAUGGCAUUGCUCACGAGCAUCGGAGAGAGAGUGUGCUCUUCGCGGAUGAGAGCAAACGCAAGGCCAGUGUUGCUCAACUGACGUCCAACACCAGCGGAGAAGUUCGCAAUCCUCUUGUUGGUAUUCCGCGCGAGCAGAUGCUCCAAGAUGUCGAGAACUUCGCCAAUGAGAACUCCCUGACCGACAUUCUGCCGCUCUUGAAAAAAGGUGCCCUGGUUGCGCAGAGUCCCCAUGCUAUCGAGCAUAUUCCCGAACUGGACGAGACCGAACGUGAAUUCCUCCGUGAAGAGGUCACCCACCGCUGGAGACACCCCAAGACCCUCUAUUUCACCAUCAUCCUCAACUCGAUCGCUGCAGCUAUCCAGGGCUGGGAUCAAACAGGUUCCAACGGCGCCAACUUGACUUUCCCCAUCGCCUUUGGUAUUCCUGACUCUGGUCCUGAGUGUACAGCCAAAGGCACCUGCGAAGACAACUCAUGGCUCAUUGGUUUCAUCAACUCAUGCCCUUACAUCGCGAUCGCCUUCUUUGCCGGAUGGAUAUCCGAUCCUCUGAAUGAUGUCCUUGGUCGUCGCGGAACUAUUUUUGUUGGUGCCAUCUUCUCCCUGCUCGCGCCUAUCGGUUCGGCCUGUACUCAACACUGGGGCCAAUUGGUCGCAACCCGUAUCCUGCUGGGUAUUGGUAUGGGCCUCAAGGAAGUGACUGUCCCUGUGUUUUCGGCCGAAAAUUCCCCAACGAACAUCCGUGGUGGUCUCGUCAUGUCCUGGCAGGUUUGGACGGCGUUUGGUAUUUUUCUGGGUACUUGCGCCAACCUGGCGGUCAAGGACGUGGGUGACAUAGCGUGGCGCCUGCAACUUGGGUCCGCUUUCAUUCCAGCUGUGCCCUUGGUUCUCGGUAUCUGGUUCUGCCCCGAGUCUCCGCGUUGGUUGAUGAAGAAAGGCCGCCACGCCAAAGCGUACCAAGCUCUCCUCAGACUCCGACGGACCCCUCUGCAAGCUGCGCGUGAUCUUUACUACAUUCACGCACAACUUGUUCAGGAAGACAUUCUCGUUGAGGAGUCUGCCGUCGCCACCCACGGCAACAUUAUCACUCGAUUCAUCGAACUGUUCACCAUUCCGCGUAUUCGACGCGCAACUCAGGCUUCGGGUAUCGUCAUGAUUGCCCAGCAGAUGUGCGGAAUCAACAUCAUCGCUUUCUACUCGUCCACCGUCUUCUCCAAUGCAGGAGCCAGCGUGACAGGCUCCCUGCUCGCAUCUUGGGGCUUUGGCCUGGUCAAUUUCCUCUUCGCCUGGCCGGCUGUCUGGACGAUAGAUACCUUUGGCCGCAGAGCUCUUUUACUCUUCACGUUCCCCAACAUGUGCUGGACCCUGUUGGCAGCUGGCUUUUGCUUCUGGAUUCCAGAAAGCAGCUCUGCGCAUCUCGGUCUCAUCGCGCUAUUCAUCUUCUUGUUCGACGCGUUCUACUCGCCCGGAGAAGGACCUGUACCCUUCACCUACUCGGCCGAGGUCUUCCCUCUAUCACAUCGUGAAGUUGGCAUGUCCUGGGCCGUGGCCACCAACAAUUUCUGGGCGUCAGUCUUGUCUCUGACUUUCCCGCGUAUGCUCCAGGCCAUGAGGCCACAGGGUGCGUUUGGAUUCUAUGCCGCCCUCAACAUUGUCGCAUUCGUCAUGAUUUUCUUGUGGCUUCCAGAGACCAAACAGCGGACUCUCGAAGAACUGGAUUAUGUCUUUGCCGUGCCGACCCGCACCCACAUGCAUUAUCAGCUCAACCAGGUUUUACCAUACUGGUUCAGGACCACAGUUCUUCGACGCAAAGGCCUUACUCCUCCACAGCUCUACAAGUUCGAUUCGGAUGACUAUGUUCCCUCAGAUCACGAAGAGAUUACUGAGAAGUCAGCCACUGCUUGA